UAUAGUCAAUAAGGCUGUUGCCGGUUAGCUCGUAACUUGAAAGUCAGUCGGUUCGUGACAGUCGAGUUAAACGGUUGACCAAGAACACUUCGUAUCAGCACUUGUGAUUCAUUUUCACCAUGGGUUUAAGUACAUUCGUCAUCUGCAUUUCCUUCCUUCUAUACAUUCCUCAAACAAUUAUGGCAACAGUAUCUCCAGAUACGAAAGAAUUCUUCAAGGAUACAAUUAAAGGAAAUCUUACCAAAGUUACCUGGGCACAUGCUGUCAACAGUAAGGAAUUCCUUAAUCAAACGCUGAGAGAUGCAUCAAUCAUGAUGGUUGAAGCUGAUGUAGUUUUGGGACACGUCAAUUCAAAUCCUAACGAAACAGUGCCAAUAAUGGCUCAUCCACCCAAAGAUUCUAGUGACCUAACACUUGAAGAAUUUUUGAUGUCAACGAUCCAAGAUGGUAAAAAAGGAAUCAAAUUAGAUUUCAAAACUAUUGAAGCUUUCAACUCUAGUAUACCAAUCCUUGAAAAAUAUCGCAUGAACUUGACAUUCCCAGUGUGGUUGAAUGCAGAUAUUCUUCGUGGUCCAGUUAAUGCAACAACUGCACCGGUCAAUGCUCAAGAAUUUCUUUCUAAAGCCUCUAAGAACUUUUCUGAAAGUACUUUAUCAAUUGGUUGGACCACAAAGUAUGGACAAAGCGUGAAUAUUUCUGAAGGAAAUUACACCAAAGAACAGAUUGAGGAGAUGAUGAACACAGUCGUUAAUGUAACGCAAACGAUAACUUAUCCAGUGAGAGCAGGUCUGAUCAUCAACACCGACAUACACCUUUGGGAGAAUUUAUUAAAAAACACUAGUGCUCAGAAGUCAACUUUAACAAUCUGGUCGAAUGGUAAUGACAGUGUUGAUGCUAAAAAAUUAUCAACAUUCAUUAAAACAAUUGGUGUCGAUAAAGUAUACGUUGAUGUACCAAGUGAUUUAUUCCAAAAACUAGAUAUUUCUGCAGCUAAUGCAAAAACUUCUGGAUUUUUGAUGAUGACGUGUGCAGUCUUAAUGAAUAUUUUGUUAACAAAAUUAUUCUAAGUUAUUAAAAUAUUGAUUAAUAUAUUCAAAAUUAAAUUAACUAAGUUUGUCAUAUCAAAUAAUUUAUUUUCAAAUCGUAGACUACACUGAUUAUGAUAAGAAGUCACACGAUUAUUGAUGUCACUUAAUCAACAUUCUAAGAAUAUGAAUUUAACCAUAAAGUUAAUUUGAUCACUCUUAUGACUGCUUUGUAAGCUUAAUACACAUUAUGUAUGAAUUUCUUUCAUUCUUAUAUUAGCUAUUCGCAUAUAUUUUUGCAUCAUGAAAUUUUCAAUUUAAUAGUAUUAACUGUCUUUAGACAUAAUUAUCAAAAUACUUAAGUUUUACAGUGAGAGAAAGUCAUUUUUAUUCAAUCUUAUAAUUCAAGAAGUUUAAGGGAAUUUUUUUUCAUAGUUUUAUGAUAUAAAUAUCAAUGCAU